GGCGCUGGGCGGUGGCUGGUGCCGGCUGCGGGAGUCCUUGCCCCGCUGUCUCGGGCCGGUCUGUCUGUCUGUCUGUGCCCUCUGUCUGUGUGUCGGCGCUCGGGGCGGCGCCGCUCGGGGCGGUCCGUGCAGGAGGAAGCGCAGCCGGGGCAGAGCGGCCCCGCGGCGGCCGGAGCCGCGCUCGGGGGAGAGCAAAGCCACACAGGCCACACGUGCUGACAAGGGGCAGCGAGAUGGAUCGUGGAGUCACUGUGGAGAACCCCUACGCCAGUGUCAACAUCCCACGGGAACAGUUCCAGCAAAGCUUCAUCACUCGCUACCUGAGAGAUGAGCCCACCAUCAUCACCAACCCCGCAGCCGUGCCCUCCUACGGCACCGAGGAGCAGACUGACCUUGCUAAUGGCUGGAGCAGCCCCACCAUCGCCACAGACAAGUCCUGGUCCCGUCCCUACAACCCCUACGCCAGCCUGAGGAUGCCCAAUGGGGACUCGUCUGCCUCCUUCUACACUGUGACCCUGGACAAGCCACCCAAGGGCCAGGAGCAGGGGGCUGGCAGGCGGUGUGGCUGCUGCAGGUGCUGCUCCUGCUGCCCAAAGUGCUGCUGUGUCAUCUCCUGAGGGCCCUCCCUGCACACACGGGACGUGCUGACCAUGGGAUGGGGCCAGGUGACCCCACAGGGACAUGGCUGCUGGCCUGGGCACCCUGGGAAGCUGUCCUGGCACUGGCAGGGCUGGCACUGGCUGGACUGACAUUGCUUUUUACUUGUGAAUUCUGCAGCAGGAUGUGCUGGUGAUGGGCACCUGCCAGGUGGGCCAUGGGGUCUGGGAACCCUGAGGAUGAUGUGUGCCAGGACAGAUGUCACCAUGAAGUGGCUACACCGGAGACAGGGCAGCACUGUGAGCCUGCAGUCCUGCACAGAGCCCCUGCCAGCCUCCUGGUGCUGGGAAACCUCCACCUGGGAAGGUGUGGGCAGUGCCCACCUGUGGGUAGGUUUGGAUGCUGCAGCCCUGUGUGCAAGGUAGAGGAGGACAGAGGGGCCCGGGACAAGCCUCCAGCUGGCACAAGGACCCACCUCCCCAGAAGUGAGUCAUCCCCCCUCCCACAGCAUCAUGGGGAUGCUGCUGGCACCUGGCACCAAAUUCCAUCUGGGUGCUGCUCCUCCUCGCCAUACUGCCCAUGGGAUAGAGGGAUGGAGAUGGGAAAGACAGCCAGCCAAAGCAUGGCUGAGAGCUGGGCUGUGCUCCAGAGCACAGAGCACACCCACCUGAUGGCACAGCAGGGAUGUGGGCAUUAACAUGCCAGCGCCAGGAAACCUCCAGCCCCAUUCUGUUCCUCUGCCAGGUUUGUGGGGUGCUGGGCACAACCUCUUUUCCCAUCUGGGACAAGUGUGGAGGGCUGGCCCAGCUCCAGCAGUGGGGCAGCACUCGGGCACCUUGCUGGGGAUGCAGAGGCCCAGCAUUCAACUUUUGCAACUGCCUGGGCUUGGAGGAAUGCGGGAGGAGCCUGCUGGCACUUCCCAGUGUGCAGGGGCGCCUCCAGGCUGGGCUUUCGGCUGGGGCAGCUGCCAUCGACCUGGAACAAGCCCGCUGUUGUGCUGGCGUCCCUCGGUGGUGCUGGCGUCCCUCGGUGGUGCUGGCGUCCCUCCGCGGUGCUGGCGUCCCGGGGACGGCUGUGUGCCAGGCGGCAGCUGCUCCGUGGCUGUGCAGAGCUGCCUGCCCUGCGGGAGCCGGGGCUUGGGAGGAGUGCCUGUGUUUGCCGAUGACUUCAGGGUGCUGCAAAUAAAAUUACAGUCCUCUCCUGCCCGGCCAA